GGGGCGCCCGGCACCCCGACCCCCCACCCGGCCCGCGCCCCGACAGCGCCCGGGAAGAUGUCCUCGCGCACGGCGCUGGCCCCCGGCAACGACCGCGGCGCCGACACGCAUGGCACCCUGGGCAGUGGCCGCUCCUCGGACAAAGGACCCUCCUGGUCGACCCGCUCGCUGGGUGCCCGCUGCCACAACUCCAUCGCCUCCUGCCCCGAGGAGCAGCCCCACGUUGGCAACUACCGACUGCUGAGGACCAUCGGGAAGGGCAACUUCGCCAAAGUGAAGCUGGCACGGCACAUCCUCACGGGCCGGGAGGUUGCCAUCAAGAUCAUUGACAAAACCCAGUUGAACCCCAGUAGCCUGCAGAAGCUCUUCCGCGAAGUCCGCAUCAUGAAGGGCCUGAAUCACCCCAACAUUGUGAAGCUCUUUGAGGUGAUGGAGACAGAGAAGACCCUAUACCUGGUGAUGGAAUAUGCCAGUGCCGGAGAAGUGUUCGACUACCUCGUGUCCCAUGGCCGCAUGAAGGAAAAGGAGGCUCGGGCCAAGUUCCGACAGAUUGUCUCGGCCGUGCACUACUGUCACCAGAAACACAUUGUCCACCGGGACCUGAAGGCUGAGAACCUCUUGCUGGAUGCCGAGGCCAACAUCAAGAUCGCCGACUUCGGCUUCAGCAAUGAAUUCACGCUGGGCUCGAAGCUGGACACCUUCUGUGGGAGCCCCCCAUACGCCGCCCCAGAACUGUUUCAGGGCAAGAAGUACGACGGGCCUGAGGUGGACAUCUGGAGUCUGGGCGUCAUCCUCUACACCCUUGUCAGCGGCUCGCUGCCCUUCGACGGUCACAACCUCAAGGAGCUGCGAGAGCGAGUCCUCAGAGGAAAAUACCGGGUCCCUUUCUACAUGUCCACGGACUGCGAGAGCAUCCUUCGGAGAUUCCUGGUGCUGAACCCCGCCAAACGCUGCACACUGGAGCAAAUCAUGAAAGACAAGUGGAUCAACAUUGGCUACGAGGGCGAGGAGUUGAAGCCAUACACGGAGCCGGAGGAAGACUUCGGGGAUACCAAGAGAAUCGAUGUGAUGGUGGGGAUGGGCUACACGCGGGAAGAGAUCAAGGAAGCCUUGACUAGCCAGAAGUAUAAUGAAGUGACCGCCACCUACCUCCUGCUGGGCAGGAAGACUGAGGAGGGUGGGGACCGGGGUGCCCCAGGGCUGGCCCUGGCAAGGGUGCGGGCGCCCAGCGACACCACCAAUGGGACGAGUAGUUCCAGCAAAGGCGCCAGCCACAGCAAAGGGCAGCGGAGCGCUUCCUCCACCUACCACCGCCAGCGCAGGCACAGCGACUUCUGUGGCCCAUCCCCGACGCCUCUGCACCCCAAGCGCAGCCCGACCAGCACGGGCGAUGGGGAGCUGAAGGAGGAGCGCCUGCCUAGCCGGAAGGCCAGCUGCAGCACAGUGGGGAGCGGGAGCCGAGGGCUGCCCCCGUCCAGCCCCAUGGUCAGCAGCGCCCACAACCCCAACAAGGCCGAGAUCCCCGAGCGCAGGAAGGACAGCGCCAGCACCCCGAACAACCUCCCACCCAGCAUGAUGACCCGCAGGAACACUUACGUGUGCACGGAACGCCCAGGAUCGGAGCGCCCAUCGCUAUUGCCCAAUGGCAAGGAAAACAGCUCGGGUACCUCGCGGGUGCCACCUGCGUCCCCCUCCAGUCAUAGCCUGGCCCCCGCAUCAGGGGAGCGGAGCCGUCUGGCCCGGGGUUCCACCAUCCGCAGCACCUUCCACGGGGGCCAGGUCCGGGACCGGCGCACCGGGAGUGGGAGUGGCGGGGGCGUGCAGAACGGGCCCCCUGCCUCGCCCACGCUGGCCCAUGAGGCCACCCCCCUGCCUACCGGGCGGCCGCGCCCCACCACCAACCUCUUCACCAAGCUGACCUCCAAACUGACCCGAAGGGUCACAGACGAACCUGAGAGAAUCGGGGGACCUGAGGUCUCAAGUGGCCAUCUACCUUGGGAUCAAGCGGAAACCGCCCCCCGGCUGCUCCGAUUCCCCUGGAGUGUGAAGCUGACCAGCUCGCGCCCUCCCGAGGCCCUGAUGGCCGCGCUGCGCCAGGCCACGGCGGCCGCCCGCUGCCGCUGCCGCCAGCCCCAGCCGUUCCUGCUGGCCUGCCUGCACGGGGGUGCGGGCGGGCCCGAGCCCCUGUCCCACUUCGAGGUGGAGGUGUGCCAGCUGCCCCGGCCCGGCCUGCGGGGGGUCCUCUUCCGCCGCGUGGCGGGCACCGCGCUGGCCUUCCGCACCCUCGUCACCCGCAUCUCCAACGACCUCGAGCUCUGAGCCGCCCCCAGCAGAUUCGGGUUUGGAUCCCUCGGCCCUGCCUGCAGCGUGGCCCGGCGCCCAGGAGAGCAGCAGGCCACGGUCCCUUCUCUGUCCUCCUGGCCGCAGGGUUGCGGGGAGCUGGCACCUCCGGCCGCCCUGUCCCCCCUCUGUCCUUGCCCUGGGGCACCCGAGGAAACUUUGGGGGCAGAAAGGGAAACUGAUGAAAUUUCCGUUCCUAUACACACACGUGCACACACACAUGCACA